ACAAACGGCAGGCAGAGGGGGCGGAGUUCAUCUACGAAAUGUCGAGGACACCGACGAUGAAGCGACUGAUGGCACGGCCGAAUCCAAACAAACUGCCAGCCUGUUCCUCGCACGCGUACCCGUCGUUGGACUAUUGGCGGUGUUACGCGCGUUAUUACACGAUGACCAUCUAUCACCCGUGCGGCACGUGCAAAAUGGGACCGUCCGUUGACAAAAUGGCGGUGGUGGACGCGAGGCUGAGGGUGCACGGCGUCCAGGGACUUCGAGUGAUCGACGCGUCGAUCAUGCCGGUGAUCGUUUCAGGGAACACGAACGCACCGACCGUUAUGAUCGCUGAGAAGGCUGCUGACAUGAUUAAGGAGGACUGGAAGGCCUAAGAAACUAUAUGUUAGGCGAGAGCUGAUCCCGUCGAUCCGAGCUUCUUUUUUUUUUUUUUUUUUUUUUUUUCUUUUUUUCCGAGCUAUCACCGCGGUCUGUGCAAUUCUUCUCGGCAACCGAUUGCGGACCGUAACGAGUGGCCCGAGACACCGUAUACGAUAAUGUCGUCCCCUUCUUUCUGAACUCGCCGGUAUCGAUGAGAUUAUAACAUUGAUUGUUUACGAAAAUUAUAAUACGUUCAAUGCAGAAGGCAAGGCCUCUGCUUCUUUAGUUACACACAUCAUACGAAGAUAUGUACGUUCGUGUAAAAAUCACAAGUGAAUAUAUUCAUGUAAACUGCUCCGAACACACACCCUAACUAUGUAUAACCUACAAUCUCUCGAACCUACCGAUCACCAAGGCCGAUCUGACUUUCCUCUAUCAUUCGUCAGCACAUGCCGAUUCAAUUGAAAUCUUACUUUCAGCAGAAGUGAAAUUGCGAAACAGCCUCUGAACACGACUCGAUGAUUCAUUCCUCGAUCUGCGUCGACGUUACUUUUAUUUCAGACCAGCCAGGCGCUGGUUUUCCUUUCUUUCCGUUCAGUUUUCAACAAUAUCUCGUUGCUCCCACUUCCUUGGUCAGUGUCAUCGUCAGUUUCGUCCGUCGAACCGGCUUGUUCGCGCGUUUAUUACCUGUACAGGGUGUCUCAAGUUUAAACGAACGAGCUUCACCAGUACGUUCGACGAAUUGAAAGAUGGAGAGGAGUAUCAUUGGAUGAGAAAUUUUAUCAAACUGUAUAUUCAAUUCUGGUAACUUCAGCUGGCCUCAUUUUAAUGUAAGAAGCCUUCAUUUUCACAGACGUACGUUAGUUUCUUUCAACGAUGUUUUCACAGAUCGUGUAGUAAGGAUCUACCAUCUGUACUCGAAGAUUGUGAAAAAUUAGAUGCCUCCGAGAACGUUGGGAAAUUCUCUUCGCGACUGCAUCUACCAUGGUCUCGAAGAUCGAAGCCUCCUCUCGAAACUCACCGUACGAUCUCUUCUCGCCAUUUUAUCGAACUUCGAGUGUUAGGAUGAAAUAGUAAAACCUUGGGAUUUCUCCAA